AUGGGGAAUAGUAUAGGAGGAAGAAAGAAAGCCAAAAUAAUGAAGAUUAAUGGUGAAGUUUUCAAGCUAAGACUACCAGCAGUAACCCAGGAUGUGCUCAAGAACUUUCCUGGCCAUGUGUUAUUGGAACCAGAGGCAGUAAAGAAGUAUGGGAUUAGAGCUGAGCCAUUAGAGCCUGAAGAGGAGUUGAAGGCCAAGAAAAUUUAUUUUCUAGUAAAAUUGCCUAAGCUGAGCGAGGAAAAGGCGCCGAGAAGAUCAAGAUCUGCUGUGCGUAUGAGCCCGAAGGAGUGGAUCGCGUUAAGACAACGGUCAGUUUCUGAGCUUCCUGGGUCGGGGUCUGUUCGGGUGAAGAUGAGGCUAGCGAAGGCUGAAAUAGAAAAGUUGAUAGAAGAGAGCAAAGAUGAAAAAGAAAUGGCUGAGAAAAUUAUUGAUCUAUGUUUGCUGAAUUCAGGCAAAGAGAUCAGAAAAUAA